UCAGUUGGUGGAUAGUUCUUGGUAGAGGAAUGUAUUUUUGGAUUUUACUGUUUCUAGUCUAAAUAAUUCACAUUUACGUCCAUUGGACCCUCAUUGGAAGUGUUAGUUAAUAGAUCUUUAUAUYGAUGAAAUGUAAAUCGGCGUGGAUAAGAAUUACGCAACGAAUUUUGUACCUUGAUGCAGACUUUCUGUCUGUUAGCCUAAAAGUUGUAUCAGAUUCUCUUUAUUUGCAAAAUUAUGAAUGUGUAGACAAUUGUUCGUCUUAAUCGAACUCGAACGAAGCAGGAAUAUAACACUGGGAGUCUUAAGUAUCUCAAGAAAGUUUUUUUCUACUGGAGCCCAUAUACUGAGAGCGUAAGUGGUAAAAGUGCAGAUCACCUUGACUCCCUUGAGSGCGAAGUGAUUCCUGGCGACUGGUCUGCGACAUGAGUUCGUCGACCACUGACUCCUCGCUUCAAGUCACCUCAUCCAAAACAGAGGCAUGUUGUAUGGCAUUCACACCUCAAAGCUGCCCUACAAAGGGUGGUGAACUGGUGUUUAUAACAUAUUCAGAUGACUUUCCACUACCUAAAGAAGCAGAAUUUUUCCUUGUAUUUGAAGGUUGCAGUGAAGUACAUGUGACAACCUCUCAGCAAAUCAAUCGAUACACUUUACGUGCUGUUGUACCAGAUCAUGCAACUGCCGAAAGAGUCUCCUUAACAGUUUACUGUCUCAAAAAUGAYGUACUGGGCAUCUUGUCCUCCCACACGUUUUUGUAUUACCUUGAAACAGAGCAUAUUUUGGCAGAACUGCUUGCCCAGAAUAUCUCAGACUCUAAAUUCUUAGAAUCACUUGUUCCGUUGUGUUCUUCUGUAUCCAACAAUGUUUCUUGCAAUUUGAGAGAAGCCCUGGACUUUAGGAUUACCAAUGCCUUUGAAUUACUUGAUUUCUCUCCAUCAUGGACAAUUCUUGGUGAUGAAAGUGAUGAAGUGGAUAAUGGCUUCGAAACAACAUUGCUACAUUUGUCUGCCCACCUUGGCUUCAGCCAAUUUGCUUCAUUUUUAAUGGACCAUCCUGGAGCUAGUCAUGCUUUGGAAAUUCAGGAUAGAAAUGGAAAGCUGCCUGUUGACAUUGCUAAAGAUAAAGGGUUACAGACCCUAGUUGAUGUAUUUUUAAGAGGAGCUGUGGAGAAAAAUGCAAAGCCAAAAUCAAAAGAAAUUUCCAAGUCACGUGUCACCAAGAGUGAGAUUGGUACCACAACUAUUUCACAUACAAGAACAGAUCAGGAAAAUGUCAUCGAAAAAGAUAUUGAAAUGCUGAGAGAAAUGAAUAACCUUGUCAAAGAGGAGUUAAGCAAAAGAAUUCCUAUUUUUAUGCACUUGUGGCCAGUUAACAAGAAUGAGAACCAGAAAACAGAAAGGGGAUCCACUACAAACAAUAAUGAACAUGCAGGAAAGAAAGAUAUAAAAAGUCAAUGUAGGAUACCUGGGUCAAACAGACUGCUUCUUGAGCAAAAUCUUAAGAGAUUAAGAGACAUAAAUGAGGAGAUUCAAAGGCUUCGUGUCACUUCACAAAGAAAUCAUAGAGAGACUGGGACAAAAGGGCCUGCAGACAGGAGGCAAAUGCGUCGACUAUCUUGUCCAUCAUUCAGAGGUCAAGACAUUACACAAGCUCAUAUGAUAAUUGGCAAACCUGUAAAGCAAGAGGAAAGGCCUCCCAGUGAUAAAAUGGCAGGAAUGAUAAAUACGAAAAAUGAGAAAGAAAUAUCUUGCAACUCCAUUAAUGAAGAUCUUGACAAAAGCACCUAUCUAGAUGUUGAUGACUCAUCUGAUAUGCGAAGGCGAAGUUGGGGUGAGAAGAUAAAAGAUGAUGGGAAAUCUGGCUUCCAUGAUAGGGUCAGUUCAAGUCUGGAUGAUCUAACAAGCACCGAGUAUAUAAGAAAGACUAGAGAACCAUCUCGCAGUAGAACUCAAGUUAUUGAUCUUCCUAAACACUUAACGAAGGAAGAAGAAAGUAACAAACUGGCUGAUAUAAUUGACUCAAUUAAACAUUCACAAGAAGAAACACCAAAUCAUGAAAAGUUCCACAAAGGCUCAAGUAGCAGAAAUGCUAAUAUUGUUAGCAUGCAAGGAAAGUCAUAUUCAUAUUCUUGCUUAGCCAACCUCAAAUUGGAUGAUAGUGUUGAUUCAGGAGAUGGAGGAGCAAUAAAUGCUGGGGGAGAAACUGCCUCACCUGACACCAAAACCUCUAGAGAUGAGAAAAUAUCCCUCUUGGAUUUCCUUGAUAACCCUGAUGACAGUGAAGACUCAGAAGAGCCUACAAAAGAGCAAGAUAAGCCGCAACAAGAAAAGGGUUUAAGACGUCUGAGUAUGCUCUUUGGUGGUAGCAAAUCUGCAAAGCAUGGCAAGAGAGAACUACCAAAGGCUGGACAUUCAAAGCCAAGUAYUCGUAGUAGUAUGAGAAAAGAAAAAGGACAAUCUAUGACAAACUUAUCAGUCAAAGAUGCUGAUUUAAGAGGAGAAAGCAAGGAAAAUAAAGACUCUGGAAGCAAAACAGCACUUGCUAGGCGUGCAUCAGGCUUAUCUCAAAAGGGGUAUAGAGCUGGAGAGGCACCUACUUUCCCAAAUCCAGGGAUGUUAACCAAGAUGGGUAACCAUGGUAACAAGACUGUUGCUGCAUCACAUUCUUCAAAAUCAACAUCACCACUGCCAUUUAGAAGGAGUCUCAAUCCAAGCCAAGAUGAAGGGGAUGACAAAAGCAUGUCUGGUGUGUCACUUGAAGGUUCAGGAGAUGAAGACGAUGAAGAAGGAGUUUUCACAGGAGAAGGCUGGACAGACUCUGAUCUUGACAUGAAAGAAGAACCCGAUGCUUGGAAUUUAACCGUCGAUAAGAAGAUCCUUAAAAAAAUGACUGCAAAGGAAAUAAAACGACAGGAUGUGAUACAUGAACUAAUACAAACAGAAGUUCAUUAUGUUCGAACUCUAAAAAUAAUGYUUAAGAUCUUCUAUGGUGGGAUGAUUAACUCACUUCAUAUGUCGAAAGGGACCGUGGACAGAAUGUUYCCACAGAUAGAAGAACUACUUGACAUACAUACUUGGUUUUUAACCCGACUUAGAGAAAAAGAGGACGAAGAGACAAUAGUCGAGAAAGUAGGCGACGUYUUGGAAGAACAGUUCAGUGGUCAGACAGGGGAACGCAUAAAAAAUGCGUACGGAGAAUUCUGUAGCCAUCAUAUAGAAGCUGUGGAUCUGUACAAGAAGAAAUUAAAAAAUGACAAACGGUUUGCAGAUUUCGUUAAGAGGUGUAGCGUAAAUAAGAUGUGUAGACGUUUGUCUAUCCCAGAAUGCAUUACCCUUGUAACACAGAGAUUGACCAAGUACCCUUUGUUGUUUGAGGCGAUUAUUAAGACGACUAAAGAAUCCAAACAAGACUAUGGUUCACUCAAAAAAGCUCUUGAACUAGUUAAGGGGGUCCUGCAUGCUGUGGAUGAUGCAAUAAAAGAAUACGAAAAACAGAAGACGCUCCAAGAUAUAAGAAUGAGGAUGGAUCUGAAAACGGUUAUAACGUACAAAGAUGGCAAGGAGGUCAUGAACAUCGACUUUGCUUCCAACACCAGCACACUUCGUUAUCAUGGCAUGUUGUUUUGGAAAACUGCGCGUGGAAAGUUAACUGAGAGUUUAGUGGUUAUUUUAGAAGACAUGCUGGUAUUUUUACAAGAAAAAGACCAAAAGUUGUCAUUACUUUCACUGGACCAAAAGGCUCCUGUCAUUCGACUCAAUAACUUAUUUGUUCGCGAAGUAGCCACAGACACCAAAGCUAUCUUUUUAGUGAGUACCUCUAAAGAUGGACCAGAGAUGUAUGAGAUGGUGUGCAAUACAGCUUCGGAGAAACGAACGUGGAUCAUGAAUCUCAGAGAUGCUAUUCAGUCUGCACCCAAAGAUGACGGUACUGGAGAGCUUAUCACUACUGCUGCGGGAGAGAAACGAAAACUCAUAAUGCGUCGCGCGGAAGCCAUACUAGAACAAAUUCAAAGUAAAGAAGUUGAAGACCAGGAAAAAUGCUUACCAGAAAUUCAAGAAUUAAUUACUCAACUAGAGACAGAAGAGGGUAAUGUAAAAGGUCGCACGAGAAAGGAAUUGGCCAAAACAAGGGAGUCCCUCACCCAGGUCAUGAAUCAAGUGCAUGCGUCGCGGUCUAGUAUUGAAGAAAGUCAAUGCAAUGAGACUACGAGUACAUCUGGUGACCCUGAUGAAGUUGGCUUUAAACGUGCUGUAACUUUCAGCACUUUUGACAAUAAAUUGAAACCUGUURGUGCUGAACAGGCAGUUAACAGAGCACAGUCAAUGAAGACUGAACGCACAGGUAGAAGCUACAACAGACAACUUCCCGGUGCGACUGCUGCYUCCUCUCCUGAUACUGGAAGUCCUCUUACGAAACAUAAAAGAAAAGGGAGUGGGGGAAGCGGGAAAGGUUGGUCAAUUCGAAGCAAGAGCAAAGACGAUAAGGAAACCAGUGAGACUAAAGUUGAUCAAGCGACAUCUUUUYCCCCAGUCAACAUGCCAUGUCAAGAGCAGGACCAAGACGACAAUGAAUGCCUUCCAGACCAAGAGGAUUGCACCGAUAAACCAACGCCGGACGUUAUUYAUUUUUAAUUGUUAAAAGAUAAACAAAAGUUGAAGGAUCUUUCCAAGACAGCCAUGUAAAUACUAGUACUUAAACGUUCCAAGGACGCUAGAUAUCUAAGAAAUCACUUAGGAAUACAYGUCAUACAAUUUGAUUAAAAUCCAGUUUGUGAAUAUUUUCUUAWGCUCUAUUAAUAGAUGUCUUUUACUACGAAAGAUUGAAUUGCACAACUAGCAGAUAGUAUAUAAUGUUGGGACCAAAACAAAUCGUUCAUAUCAGACUUUAAAUAUUUUCUCUGUUCUCUCAGUUAUUUUGUAGGGUGACUUUGUYUAAUCCUCAUCUUGGAAUCUUCUUAGUCUUGUGCUUUUUUAUUUGCAAACGGUUCCCAACACGUGUAAAAUACUACAAGAGCUGAAAAUAUAGAAAAACAUAGUUGUGUCGUAAGUAAAGUUGUAAGAUAGGUAAGAAGGGCUCAUUUAAUUGUUAACCAUUGGUCAGGAUGGUGAUAGAUUUAUGAUAAUAAACUGAUUCUAAAAGCAA